UUCCAGCAUUCAUAUUAUCUGGUCCGUCACAUUUAUCGACGUUAGUGUUUUGAAAUUCAGUCAACACAUAAUAUUCAAGAGAGUAGCCAUAUUCUGAGCCCUACACUUCCUGCACCGUGUUCUCUCCAUAAUGGACCACUGAUGAUUACCGCCAUAAUGCCCAAUGGCUUCCAGACGAUGACGUUUCACCCCAACCAUGGCGCCAACGUUAUGCUGUACGAUGACAACACUGUGGCUUAUAGGAAGGCUAGUUUUGCCAAUGCCGUCACCAUCAGCGAGCGUCCUCUCCUGCCAGGGGAGAUCUUCCUGGUGGAGAUAGAGAAGACAGAGCCGGGCUGGACGGGCCACAUGCGUCUCGGCCUCACCCAGCUUAACCCCGCCAGCCCAGACAUGCUCAAGCUGCCACCUUACUCCCUGCCAGACAUGACCAAUAUGGGCAACUCAUGGAUCUGUGCCAUCACCAAGAGCCAGAACCGCGUACAACAAGACACAGAGACAGAGCCAGAGAAAGAUGCUGCCGUCGCUGCCGCCGCCGCCGCUGCUGCCGCCGCCACAAACCCAACCUUAGGCCUGGAGGAUGGGGGGGGCGGGGGAGGCCAGGAGUGUUCCCCCGCCCCCCCCGUUGAACAAGAGGAGGAGAACCUAGGAGUGUUUCACUUGCGCAACCGACGGCGGGCUCUGGGAGGAGUCGUGGGGCGUGGCCUGGACUCCAUAAUGUUUGGGGAGUACCUCAAAACAUCAAGGGGCCUGGUGCCUCGCUCUGCCCUCCAGCCCACGCCCUACGCCUUCACCUCCCCCUCAGGACGUCGCAUCACGCUGAAAAGAGACAACAUCCUCCCUACAGAUGAGGGAAGCAGGAUAGGAGUCAUCUAUCUGCCCAGGGGGAACCUAGCCGAGAUGCACUACAUAAUCAAUGGAGAGGACCAGGGUGCCUUUACCAAGAAACUGCCCUUUGAACAGGCGCCCCUCUAUGCCGUGGUGGACGUCUACGGCACCACCAAACAAGUGCGGAUAGUGCAGCUGUAUGGAGGCGAGUGCUUAGUGACGUCCCUGAAGAGUGCUUGCAGAGACAUCAUCGUGAAGCACAUCGCACAGCACGGGGUGAACGCACUGCCUCUCCCUAGAACACUGAAGGAUUAUCUCCUCUUUGAGAGCUGAGGCUGCCCAGGCCCCCGCCAUGCAGCCACAGACACCCACUGGAGAGAAGAGGGUAAGUGAGUCACAGCAAAGGAGGAGAGUGAGAGAUGACUGGAGAGACACUUUUCCUCCCUCCAUCUACCCGUCCCUCCUCCCUCCCUUGGUUUCCACUGGAGAAGUCAUCCACCUACUACUACUACUACUACUACUACUACUGCUACUACUACUACUACUACUACUACUACUACUACUUCUAUAACUAUUGAGAGAGAAAGAGUGAAUACCUGUGUUUAUUUAUACAUGAUAACUGUUGUACAUUGGACUUUGCUCAGUUAAAAAGAAAGAGAGAGAGAGAGAGGAGUAGAGAAGAGACAAGAUGGGUGAAUGAAUGACUGGACUCUUGCAUUUUCUAAAAGUUACAUAAUUUUACUGAAGUUUAAAUAGAAGGACACAUGUUUAGUUCAUUACAUAUUUGAAACUGUAUGUGUGUAUGUAUUUUGAGAAGUAUAAAUAUGUAUAUAGAUGUGUGUAUGCACUUAUGUGUGUGUGUGGGUGUGUGUGUACAGACUGGGAGAGGCAUGGCAAACAAAACACGGGGGUGGAGAAAUAAUAAUAAGGAAAAAAUGAGAAAGAAGAGGAGGAGGAGGAGGAGGAGGAGUGAGAGUUCCUUUGGAGGUCUUUUAGAAAUCCUUUAGGAUGUCUCUUCCUUUCAAUGCAGAGAAGAAAAAUUGAGGCAGGAUUUCUGUUUGGUUAUCAGUACUUUUGUCUACCUCCUCCUCCUCUAUGUAUUCUAUUUCUUCCUUCCUCCUAUUGCACUUUCAUUUUUUUGGACUGUAUUCUCUUCCUUCCAUUUGAUUCCUCCUCCUCCUCCUUCUCCUCCUCCUCUUCUCAGUGAAGCAGCCUUUUGUCAUGUUGCUGUAGGGGGUGAUAUUAUUUUGUAGAAGGAAGAGGUGUGCAUACAUUAGUGUGUGUGUGUGUGUGUGUGUGUGUGUGUGUGUGUGUGUCUGUGUGUGUAUUCAUUUACUAUCAUUAUUUUCAUUUGCCAUAUUUAGAGAACAGAGCAUACCAUGGAGAAAUAGGAGUACAUUUACAUUACCAUCAGUUUGCCCAUCACUAGUGGUGCUGACAGUGGUGACAGUAGUGAUGGUGGCAGUGUUUGGGUGUGCCCUUGAAACAUUCCAGCUUUGUAGGGGCUCCCAGUGCCAUUAACAGAGCACACUGGGCAUAGAUGGGCUGAUGUAUGCCAGGAAUUCAAUGCAAGUCAAACUAUUCAUGUUAUUCGGUCCCGGUUUAUAAGAUUAAGGAAGUUAGGAAGACCCUAUCAGUAAAUAAGAACAGGGAUUAAGUUUUUACCCUGCCAGAAAGUAGGAACAGGGAAUAAGUUUUUACUGUCAGAAAGAACAGACGUUAAGUUAUUACACUGCCAGGAAGUAAGUACAGGGAAGUUACUUAGUCUGCCAAGAAAUAAGAAAAAGGAAUAAGUCAUUACCCUGCCAGAACAUUAGAACAGGGAUUAAAUUAUUACUCUGCCAGAAAAAACAGGGAUUAAAUUUUUUCCCUGCCAGAAAGCAGAAGCAUAGAUUAAGUUAUUACUUGCCAGAAAGUAAAACAGGGGUCAAGUUUUUACCUUCCCAAAAAGAACAAGGAUUAAGUCAUCACCCUGCCAGGAAGUACAUUAAAGUUAUUUAGUCUCAGCCAGUCAAUAAGAACAGGGCUUCAGAUAUUCAGUUCCUGCCAGAAAUUAAGAACAGGACUUGAGGUUAAGAGACAAAUAGUAUAGAAGAGAGUGCAGUUCUCUGACUUCUAAGCAUCUCUCGUGCCCUCCAGCGAGUCACAUCUUGCGAGGUUGCCGUCAGGAUGAGGGACUUGAGAGAGAGGCACAGCACAAAGCAAAGGAGUGAAGGUUUCUGGAGUUCUAAGUAUCACCAUUCUGCUCUGCUCCCAAAAAUAUAUCCAUUGUGCUUGGUGUGGCUUGGAGGAAGCAUCCUGCAUUUCUUUCACGUAAACACCAGGAGAUAAAUGGAAAAAUAAUUUAUUUUGUAUUUUUUGUAUCUUAUUUUUAUUUAUUCUGUUUUUUACCAAGUUGGAAGUGUUACAUCAGAAUGAGUGUGAUGUGUAUGCUUGUAUAGUGUGGAAUAGUGUAUGUAUGUAUGUAUUAUAGUCCUUUCUUUCAUCUUUGCUUUCAUUUCGGACAUGUAUAUGUAUGUGAUAUCACGUGUGUACUUGUAUGUAUGUAUACCUGUAUGUGUGUUUUAGGUACGUGAGUGGGUACCAUUUCACAAACAAGUGUUCACGAGACAAACGAACACAAGAUCACAGGAACAAGACAGAGAUUUCCCCACACAAACAGAGAAGACAAGACAGGACAGAACAGAACUAGACAGGGAAAGCCCAGAUUGCCUGAUUUAUUGGGCUCAGUUUUAGAAAGACUGUACAGAAUAUAUGACUUAAUUUACCAGUGUUUGGGUGGUGAUGUUAAAACGAGGAUACAUUUUUGCAUCUGCUGAAUGAAAGGAACGGGAUGGAGAGACUAUGAACUGUAAAAUAUGAAAAGGACUGUAUUUUGCAUCGCUUUCACAGAAUGUAAUGGAAGUUAUUGGAGUUUUCAAGAUUGGUUUCUUCAUGAUUCUAGUGAUGGUUUGGUUAGUAAACUAUUAGUGAAGGAGGGAAAUAUGUCAAUACAAACAAUACAAAAAAAGGCUGUAUUCUGAAUUGUUUUGAAAGCUGUAGUGGAAGUUACUGGAGUUUUCAAGCUUGUUUUUGUUAUUCUGGCAACAGUUUGGUACAUAAGCCAUCAGUUAUAGGAAGAAAACGUCAGUACAAAAGACUGUAUUCUGUAUCUCUUUUGACAGACUGUAGUGGAAGUUACUGGAGUUUUUAAAGCUGUGUUCAUGUUUUUGUUGAUAUUUUGAUAUGUAAAAGAAAAACAUGACAAGAAUCUGAACUAAUCUUUUCUUUGGUGUUUUCAAGAGUGUUUUCAUAAUUCCACUGAUAGUCUUGCUAUUAAACCAUCACUAGAAAGAGGAAAACAUUGCAAGAACUCCAUUGAUCAUCUAGAAUUUUGAGGAACAGAGAGAGAGAGAGAGAAGGAAGCGGUGAGGAAUACAAGUCUUUCAUUAUGUUGCAGGGAUUAACUGUUAGCAAGAUGUUGACGAUGAUGAUGACGGUGUUGAUAAUGAUGUGCAACUAAUGUGGCUCCAGAUAACAAUGAGUCAAGUCCAAAACAAAUUAAUAAAAUAAGGCUACUGCUG